AUGCCUUCGGUCGAUGUUGCCAUGGUCCGAAGCCUUCGUGGCGGGCUGUGGGAGACCGUGGUGGACACUGUGGCAAGGAGCCUUGCUGCCCAGGUUAUAAAACGAGAUAUCGUCUCCGAUGGUGAGAACAAAGUCUCGGAAAUCAAGGAAGCCUUUUCCAGCUGGGAUGCCUGCAUGGCUCACGUCUAUUGCAAGUGGCCUGCUAUUGCCCUUAUGAUCAUCGGCGGUCUCAUCCUUCUCAGCAUUGUCAUAUGUAUUGUCCGGUGCACCUGCUUGGGCAUGUCCUGCUGCUGCAGCUGCUGCUACUGCCUCAAGUGCUGCGGCAACUGCUGUGGCUGCUGCGAUACCCCCGGUGGAAAGCCCCACAAACAUCUCGAUGAACCAUACAAUCCCCAGCAAUCCGGAUACGGAGGAUAUCGCCAGGAGGCUCCCAUGGCAGCUCAUGUGCCGGCGCCCGCGCCUGCGCCCGCACCCGCGCCGGCCUUUGCCCCGCAAGCUUCUCACGGACCUCCGCAGUACGCAGAGUUUGACGUCUCCAAGCAUGAUUCUGAUGCCCUCCCCGCCAUGCCAAGCUGGGAGACCGCCAACUCUAAGAAGAUGGUAAUCGAAGAGGAGGUUGAGAUGGAUGAUUUGCCGCCGCCCAAGAAAGAGGCUCUCCCUCAACAGAACCAGGGCAUGAACAGCCCCAGAUUUGGAGGACCUGCUCAGCAGCAGCAGCAGCAGCGACGACCCCCGCAACAACAGAGGGCCAUGGGCCGAAAUGACCCGUACAAUCGGCAACAGACCACUUCCCCUGGCCAGAUGAACAAUUAUGGCCAGCCUGCUAGCCCAUAUGGCGGACAUGACCAAGGCUAUGGUGCCCAUGACCAAGGUUACGGUGCUCAAAAUCAAGGAUAUGCCGCCCACGAUCAAGCCUACGGUGCUCAUGAUCAAGGAUAUGGUGCUCACGAUCAAGGCUAUGGUGCUCACGAUCAAACCUAUGGUGCUCACGAUCAAGGCUAUGGUGCUCACGAUCAAACCUAUGGUGCUCACGAUCAAACCCACGGAACCCACGAUCAAGGCUACAACGCACACAAUCAAACCUACGGAGCGCAUGAGCAAAACUACGGAGGACAUGAUCAGGCCUAUGGCGUACAUGACCAAGCUUACGGUGGACAUGACCAAGGCUUCAACGGACAUGGACAGAACUAUGGCGCGCACGAACAAAACUACAGUGGCCACGACCAAGGCUACGACAACCACGUGGUGGAUGGAUACGGUGCCAAUCAACCCUAUGAUCACGCAGUCCCCGCCGCAAGCAUGAGAAUGAGCCCUGGCCACCAAUCGCCUACUUCCAGUCAGAAUGGAUUCGGCAUCCCACGACAAAUGACGCCAGGCCCGGCGCACAUGCCGAUUGCUCCUCAGGAGCUUGAUGGACAUAGCUCACCAGACCACUAUGGCGCGGACCCCAAUAUGCGAAAGUCUCCCGGUCCCGGCCUGAACCAAAGGCAGUCCCCAGGCCCCCAGAGCGACUUUGGCAUCGCCCCGCAGAACAAGCCGGUCCCUUACAGGACGUAUACUCCGGCGCCGCAGAAGGCCGUACAGGAAGCUCCUGUUGCUCCUCCUCCUAUCGCCAACAACGGGGGAUUCGACUUCAGCUCGGGCUAUUCCCGUCCUCAAACCCGAGAGGGACCCAAUUACGAUCGCCGCCCUAGCGAAUCUCACGAGCGUGAGGACCACGAGGGAUACCCAGGCUACAAGCCCUACAGCCCGUCUCCACAGAACUGGACCGGUGUCUAG